AUGGUGAACGAGCGCAGACCUGUCCUGAACAGCAGCUUGUUCCUCAAUGCCGGCGAUGAGUUUCAAGGCACACUCUUCUAUACCUAUUACGGCGGCGAGAAGAUUGCCGAGACUAUCAACCAGCUUGGCUUCGACGGCAUGACUCUCGGAAACCACGAGUUUGAUGCAGGCGACGAUGUUUUGGGAGAGUUUCUCGAGAACUUGACAUUUCCAAUCAAAUCUGCCAAUAUCCAAUCGAAUCACCCGGUGCUGAACCGGACCAUCCAGCCCUACCACAUCUACGAGGAGUUCGAGCUUGCGGUGAUUGGCGUUAUGACCCAAGAUACGCCAGGUAUCUCCAGCCCAGGAGACGGCACUGUAUUCACGGACGUCGUCGAGGCUGUACAAAAUACCGUCAACCUGAUCCGAGAGACCACCAAUGUCACCAGAAUCGCAGCGCUAACACACAUUGGCUAUGAGGAAGAUCAAGCUCUUGCGCAGAACACGAAUGGUCUUUACCUCAUCAUGGGUGGGCACAGUCACACGCCGCUUGGCGACUUCGAGGAUGCUGAAGGUCCAUAUCCAACGAUCGCGGAGAACCUGGAUGGCGAGGAAGUUUUCAUCGUUACUGCUUAUCGAUGGGGCGAGUACUUGGGAUACAUCGAUGUCACCUACGACAGCGAGGGCAGGAUACUGGAGUAUCAUGGCGGCCCAAUCCAUAUUACAAACGAAACGGAGCAGAAUGCGACAUUGCAGGCUCAGAUCGAUGAGUGGCGAGAGCCGUUCGAGGCGUUCGCUGCGGAGGAGAUUGGUAUGUCCAACGUGGUUCUGGAUCAAGAAACAUGCCAGGAGCAGGAAUGUCUCCUUGGCGACUUCAUGGCCGAUGCAAUGCUGGCAUAUCGGCUGAACGAGAGUGACAGUGCAGACUUCGCUAUCAUCAACGCAGGCGGCAUCCGUGCCACGAUCGACGAAGGAUCAAUCACACGCGGCGAAGUCUUGACCUUAUUCCCGUUCGGCAACUCUCUCGUUGAGAUCUCGAUGAGUGGCGACGACUUGUGGAACGUGCUUGAAGGAAUAUGCACAGGUGUUAGCCAAUUCAACGGCGAGGAAGUUACAAGCUUUUUCCAGAUCAGUCGCAUCAUUGAGGUCGAGUGGAACCCAGAGAACAGCAACGGUACCCGGCUAGUCAGUGUGACAAUCGGGAAUGCCAGCCUGGAUCGUGAAGAAACAUACAACAUCGUCACUCUGGACUUCUUGGCUGGCGGUGGUGACAACUUCUUUCCGACGCCCUUUGAAGACGCUAUCACUCUAGAGACUCAGGACGAGAUUCUUACGAGAUACAUUCAAUCGCAGAGUCCUGUCGACAUUGAGCUCGAUAGACGUAUUACUAUUGUGGAUGCACCUGGCGGUGGGAAUGGCACCACAAGCAGUGACGCAACGAGCACUGAUAACGAGGCCGACAGCAACAUCACCACUGGAGAUGCGUCAACAUCCACUGGUGGUAGUUCCGACCGGUACCUUGGUACCAAAUUGGCGUUCUAUCUCCCACUGGCUGCAUUUGCGGUGAUGUUGGUGCAGCUGUAA